AUGGUGCUUUUGUUCACCGCAAUUGUAUGUAUCGGAAUGGCAGAUGCGGGGUAUAACACACAAAUUGAUAUUUUGAUCGGAAGGUACUUCCCCUUCACAAGCGACGCUGCAUUUGCCGGAUUUUACUCGACACAAAGCUUCACAUCGGGAAUGGGAUUUUUGGUGUUCCUUGGUCUUUCAUACGCUAUCCCACAAAUCCAAUAUUUCAGACUGACGCAAGCACUCAUACUUUUAACUCUCAUGGGUGGAUCAUUCAUCUCACUCUUCUUUUUGAAUAGACGAGAUCCAAUUGAAAAGAAGAGCUAA